AUGAGCGAAUAUACAGGUGAAGAUUCACGAGAUGUACAAUGUGCUACCAAUUUUCGAGCAUUUCAUGAUAUUCGAGCAUGGAGUAAAGCUGUUAAGCCAUGGUGUGAAUUUUUUCGCUUAUCGCAAUUUGGCUUUUCAUCAAAUAUUAAUGGAUAUAUUACAAGGAUGAAAAAAAAUUUUAAUCAAUUUAUGGCUAAUUAUGCUCUUAUAAGUGCUAUUUUAAUGAUUUGUGGUAUAAUAACAUCAUUUUGGUUAUUAUUAUCAUCUAUUUUGCUUGGAAUAUUAGUGUAUUUCAUUUACACAAAGACUAAAAAUGGACCAAUUAAAAUUGGCACUGAAGAAAUUCCUAUUUGGAUUUUAUAUGUUGCAGCAAUAUUCAUAACUUUACCAUUAUUUAUUUACGCUGAAGUUGGAUAUAUUCUUUAUUGUGCAAUGGGAAUUAGUAUAAUAUUGGUUCUAAUUCAUGCUUCAUUCUACAAUAAUAAUGAAACGAUUACGGCUUUACCGGAAGUAAACGUGGAAGUGAUGACAAAAGUAGAUGAUCAACCACACGUAGCAGCUGCUGAAAUUACGUCAAAUCAGAGAAUUUCAUCAAAACGUCACGUACUAUUUCAUGAUAUUGAAGAUGAUGAUAAUUAG